AUGUCUCUGUCAAAUAGAAAGGUUUUCUUACCUAACAUAAAACUCAGUAAGAACAUACGAAAGGCAGUGCAGAAAAAUGUUGCCUGUGAGGAAGAACUGAUAAAAAGGCUGUUCGAUGUAGACUUAAAAAAACGUGAUGCACUAAACGAAAUCACUUUGAAGAAGGAUGCGUUCCUGAAGGAGCAAUGGCGACUACGAAGAGAAAGUAUGCCAGAUGUUUAUUCAAGACACAUUCUGAACCAGCGGCUGUUAUUUUUUAGUUUUAGAAAGGCGCGAGACGAACUAGAGUUCUCAAAGAUUUCUCCCUCUUGUAAGCUGGUGACACAGAGGCCAGAAAAAUUAAACAUAACAGACGCUGAGAGAGAAAAGAAACAUUUGGCUGAAUCUGACUCCUUACAGAGCAACAAUAAAGAAAAAGACUUUGAUGGAAAAAACGCAGAA